AUGUACAGUGUCGCACUAUAUAAAAUCUCCCGAGUGUUUAGAUACAUAGGAAACCAUGCACGAUUAUUUUUUAUCUCACUUGGCACCUUCAAUUUUGCUGAUUUCAUUUGCAUUACAGCCAUUCCACUCAGGUUACAAGGACCAUCAACUAUUAAUGGUACUGGUCGUGUGGAAAUAUUAUACAAUGGGCAAUGGGGAACGAUCUGUGAUGAUGAUUGGGACAUAAAAGAUGCUAGAGUUGUAUGCCGUCAACUUGGAUAUAAAUAUGGUGUUAGAGCUCUUCAAGGAAGUCAGGUUCCUGAUGGUUCUGGACAGAUAUGGUUAGAUAACGUUCGCUGCACUGGGAGUGAACAAAGUUUGAGUGAAUGUACCCAUUCUGGUUGGGGAAUUGAAAAUUGCGGGCAUAGUGAGGAUGCUGGAGUUGAAUGUUCUUCAGCAGGUAAAUUUGACGUACAAAGCUAUAUAUUGUUUCUCUGGAAAUAUAAAUUUUAGACUUAACUGGGAGUAUUUAUUUUCUAAUAAUGUGUCUAUUGGUCCAUGUGGUGUCAUGCAUGAAUCGAACCUUACAUACAGUCAACAUUAAUGCAAGAACGAACCACAAAAUCGAUCAUGUCGUAUUCAAGCCAUAAUCAUCUCUAAUUCAACAGUGCUGCUCUAUAUAGUUCUUGUUAUUUUCGUCAUUCACUCAGAUAUUCGUCUUGUCUAUACAGGGAAAUCUAUCGCCGUCCGCUUAAGAGGUCCAUCAAGUUCGAAUGGCACUGGUCGUGCAGAAGUAUUUUACAAUGGGCAAUGGGGAACAAUCUGUGAUGACAGCUGGGAUAUAAAUGAUGCUAGAGUUGUAUGUCGUCAACUUGGAUAUAAAUAUGGUGUUAGAGCUCUUCAAGGAAGUCAGGUUCCUGAUGGUUCUGGACAGAUAUGGUUAGAUGACGUGCGCUGCACUGGGAGUGAACAAAGUUUGAGUGACUGUCUCCAUUCUGGUUGGGGAAAUGAAAAUUGCGGGCAUAGUGAGGACGCUGGAAUUGAAUGUUCUUCAGUAGGUAAAGUUAACGUAGAAAGCUAUUUAUACUUCCUCUAGAAAUAUAUUUCAGAACGAGAUAAAUUACAAACGCAAUAAUAUUUUGAAACUUUCACGCAUGAAAGUACAUUUAAUUAUACUUACUGCUUAUCAAAUACCCCCGGCCCGUGACCCUCCCACUUGCAAAUCACGGCCAUGUCAGUUCUUGUGAAAAGCUGAAAUUCGGCAAAAGUGGGAGAAGGAAACUACAAUGAAUAGAAUAACGAUAAAAUGUCGCCUUCUUGGGGUUAUAGUUUUCUAUAGGUUAUAGAAUGCGAGAAAUGCUAUUUAUUUGUUUAAUAUGUACAAGUUACUGGAGCUUUGUCACAAGUGACAAGUAUAUCCAUCACAUAAUUUAUCACUCUAUUGAACUUAAACUGAACUUAAGUUUAUAUAUUGGUGGAUCUGGUAGCAGUUUCCCGAAGAAAUGUAUAUAUAUAUAUAUAUAUAUAUAUAUAUAUAUAUAUAUAUAUAUAUAUAUAUAUAUAUAUAUAUAUAUAUAUAUAUAUAUAUAUAUAUACAUUUCUUCGGGAAACUGCUACCAGAUCCACCAAAUGUUGUGUUCGUGUUUGAAAUUUCGAUUUUAGGAAUUUUACCUUCCAUUUUCAACCAAAAACACAGCAUUAUUUGGUAUAAAAACACCAAGGAAAUACUCAUGAAAAUAUUUUAAUAUCAAAACUUGCUGUCUCAGAAUAUAUUUGUUGUUUAGUGGAAUCAGAUGUAGUUCUUUUAUUUCGGACCAUUCUAACUUGAAGUAAAUGUUGAUAUUUAAAUUGAUUGUACUAAGUUAUACUUUUUAAUGUUUACAGCGAUUCCGCUCAGGUUACAAGGACCAUCAAGUGCGAAUGGUAUUGGCCGUGUUGAAGUACUCUACAAAGGGCAAUGGGGAACAAUCUGUGAUCAUAAAUGGGAUAUAAAUGACGCCAAUGUUGUAUGUCAUCAACUUGGAUAUAAAUAUGGUCUAAGGGCUCUUCAAAAAGGUCAGGUUCCUAGUGGUACUGGACAGAUAUGGUUAAAAGAUGUCGAAUGUAAUGGAGUAGAGCAAAAUUUGACCAGUUGUCCCCAUAAGGGUUGGGGAAAUCAUAAUUGCAACCAUCAUCAAGACGCUGGAGUCGAUUGUUAUUCAUCAGGUAAAGUUGCAGUUAAUUUAAGUUUUACGCACAUGCGGCAAAUUAUAACGCUUAAGCAGCAUCAGUUUAAUUAGUAACGUCGUCAUGUUCUAACAUGAUCGCACUUUGUUGUAGCAAUCAUGUUAGAACUUGAUUUUCGCCGAACGUCAAGACAAAGUAAGGGAUUAAUUGUCUCCUCCGUCCUAGACCUUAAGAGAUCACAAUUGUGGGCACCGUAA